AUGGCAGACCGCUCCCGUAACGCCUCCCGCUCUCGUCGCUCCUACCCAAACCUCCCUAACCUCUCCAUCGCACCCCUCAGUGCCAAAUUCCCUCUCGAUGCCAGCGCUCCAUCCUCACCGGACGAGCACGUCGUACAUACAUCACGCACAUCAUAUAUUGCCUCCAAGACAGCCCCUUCCACACCAGGCAUCUUGAGCUUGAGCCAAUCCCGCAGCAACAGCCGAACGCGCCGUUCCAAACCUCACUACGCGUACGAUGGCUACUUCGCCAACCCCAACAAUCCCGUCCGAGACAUUGGCGAAAUCCCAAAGGCAAAAAGCACAAGCACCCUCCAUCCCGGCGUGAGCUUCGUAGAAGACAAUGCCCGCGAAAGACACCAUACCCGCAAGUCCACCGCUCCAACAUCCCUCCGCAUGCCGCUUGCCCGCCACCACACCUCCUCCGCCGACGACGACUGGUGGCACCGCGCCGGCCUCACCAUAGCCGGCGAAACACGCGACUCUAAAGGGCAAGGCUGGCUCAUCCGCCGCGAGAGCUCCACCUCGCUCGUCGCCGACGACGAAGACGCCCACGAUUCAAAACGCAUGGCCCUGCUCUCCGGCGAACCGCUGAACGGCGAGGACUUCCCCACCUUCUCCCCACGCAUCUCGCGCGCUGGCAGCCGCUAUCAGUCCCGCGUUGGCAGCCGCGUGCCCAGCGCGCGCCAGUCCCGGCGUGGUUCGCGCGUGGGCAGUCGCGCAGACUUGGGUAUGAGCCCCGUGUCUGCGCGGCACAGUCUCGAUCUCCCUUCGUUUGACGAGCGCUUCAUGGAGCCUGAUUUCGUCGAGGCGGACGAGGAAUCGUCGGGCGAUGAGGAAGAAGUCGCGAGGCUGGCGCGCAGUAAUACGUCGUGGAUUGAUCGGCUGAUUGGAUGGACGCUGUUCUCGGUUGAGGAGGAUGGGGAGGCGUCUGACGAUGAGGACGAGGAGGAGGGGUUCUUGCCGCAGAACAUGACGAGGGAGGAGUUGAGACUAAGGAGGGAGGUGGAGGCGAAGAGGAGGAAGUUGGAGAGGGAGGCGAUUGUUGCGUCGGCGAAGCUGAAGGCGAGGGAUAAGGAGAAUACUGAGGAAGAGACGGAUGAGGUGCAGAAGCCGCUCGAGGAGGCGGAUGGGUGGCAGGACGCAGCUUGGUUGUUGAGUGUUGCUUCGAAGGCACUGUUUUAA